CAACAACACGAGAACAAAACCAGCUGUAAACUGUAAUUUUAGCCUCAACUUUUAUCCUUGACGUUCUUUGCUGCUUGGAAACAAACCCUUGAAUGACUACUGAAAUGUUUGAAGACGUUUUAGAGUGUGUUGGUGUCUCAUUUAAGAUGGAAAUACUAUUGUUAAUUCGGUGGUUUCGUUCAGCACACACAAACGAUUAUCUCAUCAGUCACAAUGGUGAAAGAAUCAGGACCCACAUUCGUCCAGAAACCAAUCCUCGACCAAUCCGACGACGGUCGCGUCUUGAAGUUCUCCUGUCGCAUCGCCGGAGAGCCUCGCCCAAACUUCAAAUGGUUUCUGAACGAUCGCGCACUACGCGAUGGAGGGCGCUAUUUCAUGACAACGAAACCAGACAAGGACGACUACGUGGUUGCUUUGGAGAUUGAGGAUGUAUCUGGGGAGGAUGCAGGGAAUUAUAAGAUCGUCGCUGAGAAUAAGUCUGGCAGCACCAGCGCCACUAUCAACCUCAAGUUUGGCGAGGAGGAAGAAGGAGGGGAAGGAAAACAGGGAGAUGGCGAUGGUCUGGCUCCAAACUUCACCAUGAAGCCCAAGAUGCGACAGUCUGAUGACGGCCUCAAGCUGACCAUCGAGUGUGAACUAAUGGCCAACCCUGAGCCGGAGAUCACAUGGUAUCGCGGUACGAACGUUCUACGCGAUGGAGGGCGCUUUAAGCUGAUCUGCAACCCGGAUGGGGAGUAUUUUUUCAUGUCGUUAGAGAUCACCGACGUCACGGAGAAAGAUGGGGGAGAGUACAAGAUUGUUGCUACCAAUAAACUCGGAACGGCAACCAAUACUAUCAAGUUGAACUUCCAAACUGGUGCCCCGUCCUUCACCGUGCAACCAAAGAUAGAUCAAUCUCCUGACGGUCGCCACCUGACCUUCCAGUGUGAGCUGACCGCCGACCCGGAACCCGCGCUGACCUGGUACAAGAACGACGUCCUCAUCAAACACGGAGGGCGCUAUAACAUGAAGGUCAAGAAGGAUGACAACGUUUACUUCAUCGAGCUGGAGAUUACCGACGUGUCUGGAAAGGAUGCGGGGAAGUAUAAGAUCAUGGCCAAGAACGAGCACGGCGACGCUAAAUCAACGAUUGAUCUCAACUUUGAAGGAGGGGAAGAGCCAGCUAAGCCUCCUGUCAAAGGAACCGCCCCUUCCUUCAUUGGCAAGCCAAUGAUGCGUCAAUCCGACAACGGCCAAACGGUCUUCUUCGAUUGUCAGCUAACUGCUGAUCCUAAACCAGAGAUCAUUUGGCUGUAUGGAAACAAGCGCAUCCCUGUAGGUGGCCGUUAUAACAUGAAGCUAACGCCUAAAGGAGUCAAAAUGUACGCCCUGGAGCUGAGCGUCAGUGAUGUCACACCUAAAGAUGGAGGCACCUAUCUUGUGUUUGCCAAAAACGAGGUUGGAGAACACCGAACAACUAUCAAUCUCAACUUUGAUGUACGUGAAGCUAACAAAGAUGGAGCCCCUACAUUCAUUGAGAAGCCAACGAUUAAACAGGAAGAUGGAGGACGGCGUCUUGUCAUGGAAUGCAAAGUCAUGGCUGACCCUAAACCAAAGGUGACAUGGUGUUACAACAACAAGGAGUUGAAAGAUGCUGGUCGUUACCGCAUUCGUACCACCAAGCAGGGAAAGAUCUAUGUCUUGGUACUCGACAUGUCUGGGGUUACCAACCAAGACAUGGGGAGCUAUCAAUUGGUCGCUGAGAAUGAGAAAGGAAAAGCAUCAUCAACGAUUAGUGUCAACUUUGAAGUGAAAGACAAACGUUUCCCCCGCAAAUACGAGCUUGCAACCCAAAUCCAAGGAGUCCAUAUGGAUUUUGCUCCUGGAGCAUCAGAGAUGAUUGAUCUAGGGCCAGACUUUGGGAUGUUGGAGCUCCUGAUGCCUGAUAAAGAACCCAGUGGACCCAUGGAGAUUGAGCUGAGUAGUACAGGACCUGACGUGACUGAGGUGAAAGUAGAGACAGACUCUGGUCUGGUUAUCACUGAGCAACUGAAGGAUCAGGAUGUGGAAGAUGGCAAGAGUGUUGAGUUCAGAUGUAAGGUCACCGGCAAACCAACCAAGGUCAUCUGGUACAGAGAUGGAAAGGAAAUCCGACCCUCCACUUCUAUCAAGCAGACAAAAGAGGGCGACGUUUACAUCUUGCGCAUCUUAAAGACCUCAACUAGAGACAGUGGAGAUUACUCCAUUGUUGCGUUUGGUCCUAAAGGAGAAGCCAAGUCCAUUGCAGAACUCUACGUUGAUGACUACAUCCCAUCGAAGAAGCCUGAAGAUGAACCAAUGAAGAGACCUGCUCCGGAACCUGAAGAUGUAGUCAACAAAGCACAGAAAGUUGACACAUUAGAAGAAGUCCUUAUGGAAUUUGAUGAAUCAGAUCUUUUUGGCAAAGCUGGAAAACCUGCUAAACGACGUCAAGAACCUGACGAAGAUGAACCUGAAGAGGGUAAACCUGGCAAAUUUCCCAAACCUGCUCCUAAACCCAAAGAUCGCAAAGAUGGUGGUCGAGAACAGACAGAGGUCUUACUCGAGAUCAAAUCGAAUGAGACUGAGGUCCAGCCUGGUGAGUUUACUCGAAUUGAAGAGACCAGACAUGUCCAACGAGACCAACCGGAGGUCUUACUAGAGUUCGGAUCAGAUGAGUUGGAGGUCCAACCUGGCAAAUUUACCAAAACAGAAGAGAGCAAACCUGGCAAACGAGAACAAACAGAGGUCUUACUUGAGUUGAGAUCUGAUGAGAUGGAUGUUCGGCCGGGCAAAUUUACCAGAAUUGAAGGGACCAGACACGUCCAGCAAGACCAACCAGAAGUCUUCCUAGAAAUCAAACCAGAUGAGACAGAGAUUCAACCUGGCAAGUUUACCAGAAUUGAAGAAACCAGAUAUGUCCAACAAGACCAACCAGAGGUCUUCCUAGAGAUGAGAUCGAAUGAGAUGGAGGUCCAGCCGGGCACAUUUACCAGAAUUGAAGAGACCAGACACGUCCAGCGAGACCAACCAGAGGUCUUCCUAGAAAUCAGACCAGAUGAGACAGAGAUUCAACCUGGCCAAUUUACCAGAAUUGAAGAGACCAGACAUGUCCAACGAGGCCAACCUGAGGUCUUACUGGAGUUCGGAUCAGAUGAGAUGGAGGUCCAGCCUGUUCGGAUCAGAUGA